AGAUCGGGGAAUUCGGAACGUAUCUCCAGAGUCACGGGAAGGGAGGUGGAAGGGGAAGGAAGAGAAAAGAACGUAAGGCCUCGUUCCCUUCUAAUCCCAAGAGGAACUCUCUUGUGAAUCAAGGGGCGAACGGGGAAGACGAGAAAAGAAUGGAGCUCUUCUACUACCUGGCGUUCGGGGGUUUGUCGGUGGUGGUGGCGACGGUGGAGCUGAGCAAGACCAACAAAGACCGCGUCGCCAUCUCCUCCGCCUUCAACUCCUUCAAGAACAACUACCUCGUCGUCUACUCCCUCGCCAUGGCUGGUGAUUGGUUGCAGGGCCCUUAUGUGUACUACCUCUACAGCCAGUAUGGUUUCGACAAGGGAGAUAUUGGGCGGCUCUUCAUUGCAGGAUUUGGAUCUUCCAUGCUGUUUGGGACGAUUGUUGGAUCUCUGGCUGACAAACAGGGUCGGAAGAGGGCUUGUAUGACCUAUUGCAUAGCUUAUUUUCUUAGCUGUAUCACCAAGCAUUCUCCAGAGUACAAGGUUUUGAUGUUGGGACGUGUAUUGGGAGGAAUCGCAACGUCUCUACUCUUUUCAGCCUUUGAGUCAUGGCUUGUUGCAGAACAUUUUAAGAGAGGUUUUGAUCCGCAAUGGCUAUCAUUAACUUUCUCCAAAGCGAUAUUUCUUGGCAAUGGUCUUGUUGCCAUCAUCUCUGGGUUAUUUGCAAAUGUAUUGGUUGAUAACUUAGGACUUGGCCCUGUGGCUCCAUUUGAUGCUGCUGCAAUCCUCCUUGCAAUAGCCAUGGUCAUUAUCUUGCCCUCAUGGAGUGAAAACUACGGAGAUCCUUCUGAGAGCAAGGAUUUAAUUGCUCAGUUCAAGGUCGCUGCAGUAGCCAUUGCUUCUGAUGAGAAAAUUGCUUUGCUGGGUGCAAUACAAUCACUCUUUGAGGGAUCUAUGUAUACUUUUGUUUUCUUGUGGACUCCUGCUCUAAGCCCAAAUGAUGAGGACAUCCCUCAUGGCUUUAUUUUUGCUACAUUCAUGUUGUCUUCAAUGUUGGGGAGCUCCAUUGCAUCUCGGCUUCUGGCCCGUCCAACACCCAAAGUUGAAAGUUAUAUGCAGAUUGUUUUUGCAAUCUCUUCCUUCACUCUCAUCCUUCCUACUAUUACUAGUUUCCUCAUUGCACCUUCCACAGAGAAAGGUCGGAGCAUCUCAUUCGGGGGUUGUAUCCUAUUCUUUGGUUUCUGUGUCUUUGAAGCAUCUGUGGGAAUAUUUUGGCCAUCAAUUAUGAAAAUGAGAUCUCAGUACAUUCCUGAGGAGGCCAGGAGCACAAUCAUGAACUUCUUCCGUAUUCCUCUGAACAUUUUUGUCUGCAUUGUGCUUUACAAUGUGAGCGCUUUGCCUAUAAAUGUCAUGUUUGGGAUGUGUUCGAUUUUCCUUUUGAUGGCUGCGAUCUUGCAAAGGCGGCUGAUGGUGGUUGCUGAGAUGCACAAGUCAAGCGCAACUUCAUCAAAAUGGGUCAUCUCCUUAAAACUAAUAGACCUUGGCUGCAUUCGUAUCGCUAAUGAACUUUUGGCAGAGGCACAAGAUUGGUCAUCUUUAAAGGAGAGGGAUGGUGAGACAGCGCCAUUGAAUAUCUAAUCAGGAAGAAGACAAUUGGAGCACAAUACAAGUUGUAAUUCACAUUAAGAUACUGCCAUCGCAUUGCAUUCGCUGAUGUAGCUGAGCUGAUAAAUAAGAUGGUUUGGGAGGAGUUAUGGACAUUUAGAAGAACUGUCAGCACAUGAAUACCAUUCAAAACCAGCAAACUGUUCCAUUUAAAAGAACUCUCCUUUAGUCAGAUUCUCCUUUUCUUUCUAACAGAGAAGUGGUCUGCUCGUGCUAAGCAUCCUGCCAAAUAGGUUAGACAUUGAUAAUCAUUUUUUGCUGGUCCGUUACCUUUUUUCUGAUCUGAUGAGGACUUGAUUGUUCCAACGCCUCAUUCUUUAAUCUUUCUUUAAUCUUUUUGCACAUAUGCAAAACAUGGGCUUCUAACAGCAUUGUUAUGUAGAUAUUUCUUUUGUAACUCUUGAUUGCUGUUGCUAAAAAAUCACUCUAUAAUAAGAAGCGUACUUUUGUUGCAUAAUUA